CAGGGUGCGCGGACCUCGGUUCCGUGGGCGGGCGGGCAGCAGUCAGUCUCUUUGGGAGUUGUAAGCUCUCCACCCGAGACAGGACAAAGGGUGUGGGGCCAGAUCGGGACCCGCCGAACCGGCGCCUCCCACCGUCAGGAAGUGACGGGGCUCGGUGCGGACUCCGGCGCUCGUCGAGCAGACCUUGUGGCUGGGGGCUCUGCUUGCUGCUGGGGCACGACUGGCCGUGGGGUGGACUUUACUACUCAGAAGCCAAGGAGAGGCCUUGGAGGAUUUAGGACUUGAGCUAGGGAAAUGGGGAUGGCUUAAUAAGUGAAGAGUGAGAAGUCCUGUGCCAUGGAGCCCUUUGGUCUGGUUGUGUGUUUUGGAUAGUUAUGUUCUGUGGCAGGGUUUUAUAAAACCAGCGUGUUAAAAAUCAGUUCUAACAGCGAAAAACCGCUGCACACCAUUUUGUGGCAGACGCAUCAGUGGUGAUGUUCCUUUGAGUUUUGCCCACGUUCCCGUUUUUCUGAGCAGCCCUUGACCGCGCUGCUGCGUUUAGGCUUCAGUGUUCUGCGUCCAUCUCCUUUUCCUUUUCAAUGGAACGCUCCUCUUCACAGGGUGUGGUAAACUUAGUGUCCAGUUUCAUUGAGAAAUGGAAUGUUUCUCGUUUUUUGCACUGUUCUGACUGUGCUUGACGUGUCGGUAUGCCCCUAAUCCUUAGUUUAUCUUGGGUGGCUGUGCCUUCUGGGCUCCCAACAUUUUUGGCCAUCACAUGUAAUGCGACAGUGGGCAGCAGUUAAUGCAACAGUUUUGUUGUUACCAAAAGUGUUUACACAAUUUGUUUUUUCCCUUUGUUGUAACUGGACCAGGACAAAACUGCUGUCACUUUCCUGGGUAUCCCCAACCUGUUCCACGCAACGACCUCCAUUGUUGCACUGGUGUUUGGUCGGUAAAUCCCCACAACAGCGCUCAUACCCCUCCCCAGGAAAAGACCCCCGGUUAACGGUGCCUCCCACUGUAGGGCAGCCCCGGGGCAGACAGCGCCGUGGCCGUGGGUGGUGGAGCCCUCGCGCAGGGUAGCGGGCGCGCCCUGGUCCUGCGGGCGGGCUGGGCUCUGAGGGCCGUUGCUGGGCAGGAUGACAGUGAAGUUGGGGGACGCCGGCAGCGGGGAGGAAGGGCUCAAGAAGCUGGGCAAGAGAUCAGCCGAUGAGGAGUCCCUGGAAGGAGAGGGGGCCGGCGGCGCGGACGCUGCCGAGGACGGCAGCGGCACAAAGAGGGAUGACCCGACCUCUCGGGCCGACGGCGCCCCCGCGGCCCCCGGAGGGCCACAGGCGCCAUCCCCACCGCAGGGCAGUCCCCAGGACCAGCACCACUUUCUCAGGUCCAGUGUGCGGCCACAGAGCAAGAGGCCCAGAAAGGACGCGCCCUGCGUGGUGGGCAGCGCUGGCCCCAGCAACUCUGGACCCAGAGUAAAAGGAGCCGACGGUGGUGGGUCAUCGUCUGGAAACGUGUCUGGGGUUGCCUCUGCUGGAGGCUCACGCUCUUCGUCCCGGAACAUUGGGUCUUCAGGGGCUGAGAAGGAAGAAGGCAAAAAGGUCCGGCGGCAGUGGGAGUCAUGGAGCACGGAGGACAAAAACACUUUCUUCGAGGGACUGUAUGAGCAUGGGAAAGACUUUGAAGCAAUUCAGAACAACAUUGCUCUGAAGUACAAGAAGAAGGGCAAGCCUGCAAGCAUGGUGAAGAACAAAGAGCAGGUCCGGCACUUCUACUACCGCACCUGGCACAAGAUCACCAAGUACAUUGACUUUGACAAUGUGUUUUCACGAGGGCUGAAGAAGUCAUCCCAGGAGCUAUAUGGCCUCAUCUGCUAUGGUGAACUGCGCAAGAAGAUUGGGGGUUGUAUGGAUGACAAGAAUGCAACGAAGUUGAAUGAGCUCAUUCAAGUUGGGGCUACCACAGUACGUUACAAAGGGAGAAACCUCCGAAUCAAAGCCCCCAUGUGCCGGGCCCUGAAGAAGCUUUGCGAUCCUGAUGGCCUGAGUGAUGAAGAGGACCAGAAGCCAGUGCGCCUGCCCUUGAAAGUCCCUGUAGAGCUACAACCACGAAACAACCAUGCCUGGGCCCGAGUGCAGAGCCUUGCCCAGAACCCACGCCUCAGGAUGAUUGUGGAGCUGCAUAGAAAGGUCUCCAGCCUCAUCGAGUUCUUGAAGCAGAAGUGGGCACUCCAUGAAGUGCGAAUUAGGAAGACCCUCGAAGAGGGGCAGCUACAGGGCAUGAACCCUGCACAGAUGCAAGAGAAGGUUACGCUGCACCUAUUCCCAGGCGAGAACUGCACAUUGACCCCGCUGCCUGGUGUGGCUCGGGUGGUGCACUCCAAGGCCUUCUGCACAGUGCACUGGCAGGAGGGUGGCCGCUGCAAGCAGAGUGCCAAGGACACCCAUUCGCUGCCCCCAGCCCAAAUCCUGGGUAUCCAGAGUGGGCAAGGCACAGCCCGGGGCCAGGUGAAGUGCCCAAGGGGCAGCACUGAGGGCAGGGGUGGGGGGCGGCCUCCUCCCACCACCGAUACUUCACAGAGCUCUGGGGAGAGUUCCCCUGAGAGUGCCCCUGGGGAGGGAGCCAUCCCUAGUCUGAGCAGCCCGGAUGCUCCUGACAGGCCUCCUUCAGGGCACCAGGACUCUCUGCUGCAUCUUGAGAAGACCCCUGCAGUGCCUCCUACAGAGGGUGGGGAUGGUUCUGCUCAAGAACCAGGGUCCCUGCUGUGUGCCUGCAGCCAGCUCCCAGACCUGGAGGACGAGCUGUCACUCCUCGACCCUUUGCCCCGCUACCUGAAGUCCUGUCAGGACCUCAUUGUCCCUGAGCAGUGCCGCUGUGCGGAUGCUCGGCCCAGGAGUGAGCAGCCCCCUGUGGGCAGGGCUGCUUCCCCAGAGACUCUUGCCCCCAGUAACAAAGAGGCUGCCAACCUUCCUGUCUCUGGCCCAGACCCACAGUCUGGCCCUGCCUCUGGCCCUGGACUCCUGCUGGAUGUUUGCACAAAAGAGCCAGCAGACACACCUGCAGAGGAGCCCCAAGAGAAAGGGAGCCCCUCAGAGCCUCCGCUGCCUCAGGGACAGUCUACUUCCAGGCCCCCAAAGGAAGUCCCUGCCAGCCGGUUGGCCCAGCAGCUUCGUGAGGAGGGCUGGAGCCUGCAGACCUCUGAAAGCCUUACGCUGGCCGAAGUCUACCUCAUGAUGGGCAAGCCAAGCAAGUUACAGCUGGAAUAUGACUGGCUGGCUGUGUUGGGCCCUGAGGGCCAAGCCCCUGGAGGGCAGAGCCAGGCCACCCGCCCUGGCUCCCCACCUACCACCCUCCAUGAACAGCGCCUGCUGAGCUGCCUGCUGAAGCUCAUCUCAACAGAAGUCAACCCCAAGCUGGCUCCAGAAACAAAUGCCUCAGUGAGGCCUGCCCAGGAGGAACAGUCAGUGACUCCCCCAGGGAAAGUGGUAACCAUCAGCUCCCGGAGCCCUCGCUGUCCUCGAAACCAGUCUGCCCUUCGCAGCAGCAAGACCUUCCCACCGAGUUCCACAUCUUGCACCCCAGGUUUAAGAAAUCCCCCAAGGCUCUUGGUGGCUGGCCCCUCCAGCACAGGAAGCAGUGAUUCAGAUGGUGGCCUCUUUGCCGUCCCUACAACUUUGCCUCCAAACAGCCGACAUGGAAAACUCUUCUCACCCAGUAAAGAAGCUGAGCUGACUUUCCGGCAGCACCUGAACUCAAUUAGUAUGCAGUCAGACUUCUUCUUGCCAAAGCCCAGAAAACUGCGGAACCGGCAUCUGCGGAAGCCAUUGGUGGUCCAGAGAACACUGCUCCCUAGACCAUCUGAAAACCAGUCCCACAAUGUGUGUUCCUUCUCCAUCCUGUCUAACUCUCCCAUAGCUGGGAGAGGCUCGUUCCGGCCCAUCCAGUCUUCUCUGACCAAAGCAGCCCUGUCUCGGCCAAUCGUUCCCAAGGUCCUUCCAUCCCAGGCCACAAGUCACCUGGCCAGUGCAAUUGACCUAGCAGCUCAAAGUGCUGGCAUUAUCCCUGGAAGCCCCUUACCAGUCUUGGAGACUGAGAGCUUAUCUGGCAUCUCUCCACUGUCCUCAGAUGAGGUGACAGCUACCGUCUCAAGUCAGGACUCCACUGGAUCCCACCAGAAUGGAGACCCUGUCCCUACCAUGGGGGGUACAGGCGACGCAUUCAUCAAUGUUCCCCCAAGGCCGGAGCAGGAGCCAGUGGCAGACAGUUUCCAGGGUUCAUCUGUUCUCUCUUUGUCUGAGCUGCCCAAAACUCCUCUCCAGAACGGUCUCUGCACACCUUUAUCCUCAUCAGAGGGCUCCAGCACCCGGCUCUCCCCACCUAAUGUUUCUGCACUGCUGGACAUCUCUCUACCUGGUCCACCUGAGGAUGUGCUCUCACAGGGAGAGCCUGCAACACAGAUCAGCGACUCCAUCAUCGAGAUUGCAAUUAGUUCUGGCCAGUUUGGUGAAGGAGUCCCUCUUUCUCCAGCAAAGCUCAAUGGCAGCGACAGUUCCAAGAGCCUUCCCUCCCCGUCCAGCAGUCCCCAGCCCAACUGGAUUGCCUCUCCCACCCACGACCCCCAGUGGUACCCCAGUGACUCCACGGACUCCUCACUUAGCAGCUUGUUUGCCAGCUUCAUCUCUCCAGAGAAGAGCCGAAAGAUGCUCCCAACUCCCAUUGGAUCUAACAGUGGCACUUCAUUGCUUGGCCCCAGCUUGUUGGAUGGAAAUUCACGGGACUCUUUUGUGUCCAGAUCCUUGGCUGAUGUUGCAGAGGUGGUGGAUUCUCAGCUGGCAUGCAUGAUGAAUGAGAACAGCAUUGAUUAUAUAUCUCGGUUCAAUGACCUGGCCCAAGAGUUGUCCAUCACCGAGCCUGGCCGCCGAGAGGCUCUGUUUGAUAGUAGUGGAGGCGGCCCUCCUGCUGGGGACCUCUCACAGUGACCGUGCCUUGUAGGGAGGGUACCCUGAAGGCUGUAGAGAAGGCUUAGUGUGCUGGCUGUCCUCACCUGUGGCAGAUGAAAUCCUCUUCUCUUUAGAGGAAGAAGGCAAGCCCAAAAUCCCCAGAAGACUGUUUUUGGACCCCAGGGUGCAGCAUCCAAGAACAGCCAUCCCAAAGCCCCAUCCCAGCAAGCAGGGACCAUAGUGAACUGAGCCAGGAUGACCUCUGAGAAGGGCCAAUAUCAGGAACUGCUCCAUUCUUUGUCCUCCUGGGAUCUGUCCUGGGGUCUGCUUGGCUAUCCUACAUUGCCUUCACUGUGGUGUUGAGCACCCUAGCAGGUGAGAGAAGGGGUGCGCCCUGUCCUAGUUGUUCCAUCCUGGGAGUUGUAAUCUGAGGGAUUCCAGGCUGUUGUUUUCUGAUACGCUUUUGUCCCACUUGGCUAUUAUCUUACAAUGUUGAGGGGGACAGUGGGUAUAGCCUGGGCUCCUGUGUGGCAGUGUCCACACCCUGAGAUUGUAAACAGUUUGAUACCCUGGUCAUGGCCCAGAGAAGGGUCACAGGGCAGUAUAAUCAGUGCCAUCUCCCCAGAAUACUGCUUCUUGCUUAGUGCUUUUCCCAGCAGUUUUGUUCUAACUGACAUAACAGGAAGGGGAAAGGAAAUCAUGUCUCAUGCAGGUUGCAUGGAUAUUUUCUAGGAUCCUACUAAGAUUGUUGAAAUUUUUUUUUUUUUUUUAAGAAUUAGGAGAUAUACUCAAGGAAGAGCAGAAUCCUCUGUUUUCCUCCCUGGGUCCCUAUGCAGGUUCAUCCUAGGUGAUCCAUUUUUUUCUCUCUACUGGGCUCAACCCAAAGCAGUAAUAUGACUACAGACAAGACUUUCCUCAUACCUUCUUUAGCCUCUUAUGUGUUACUGCGUGGCAUCUGAGACAGAUCUGCCUCUGUAUGGAAGGUUUUGUCUUCAGAGCUUUCUUCCUUUUGCUGAUGUUGGCAUAAGGUAUCCCUCACACAUUCAAUUAGUCCCUCACACAUGCCUUUGCCUCCACACCUCAAGGAACUUAGUGAGGAUUCAGAUGUUCAGGUGUAGUCAGAGUUCACCAAUUGAUGGAUUCUGAUGACUCCCACCUGGAACCCCUUGGUGGCCAGUUAUAACUGAAGGUGGUCCAUGGUCCAGCAUCCAUUCUUUUCCUAGAAGGGCCCAAUGUGGGCUCUGUUUUCUCCUCAGCCUCAGGAGGUCUAAAUGCAGAAAUCACCAGUCAUAUCUCAUGUGGCAGUGGUGUGGGCAGAUGAUGUCCAUGUGCCCUCUCACCUGUUCACUCACUAUCCCACAGUCACAAUUGUCAUUUCUAGCCCAUUGAACCUGCCACCUCCUCUGUUCCACCUCCUCUACUCUCCCUUCCCUUACUUGCAUGGUCCCCCUUAAACCCAGACCCCACCCCACUGCCUUCUGUCUCCAUCUGUAGUGAAGAAGGGAGCCAGUGUACAAGGAGGAGGAAAGGUGACUGGUAUGGACCCUCUCCAUCCUGUCAUCUCAUUGCCCCCAGUCUAGACUACAAGCAUUAGUAGAGGAAAUAGAGCAACAGUUCUAGAAAGCAGCUUUCUUCUUUUGCCUCACACAUUCCUCCUGGUGCUUCUCUCUUCCAAAUCUUUAUUUUCCUCCUUUUUUGCAGUACUAGGGAUUGAACACAGGGCCUUCACUCAGCUAUUUUCACAGCCAUUUCAUUUCAUAGACAGAGUCUCACUAAGUUGCCCAGGAUGGGCUUGAAUUUGUGAUCCUCCUAUCAGCCUCCCAGAGUGCUGGGAUUACAGGCACGUACCAUCAUGCUCUGCUACUCCUCCAAACCUUGAAAGUCAGUGCUACAACUCCCUUACACUCCGCAGUCCCUAAGCUCUGAAAGAAUAAGAACAGGAACAUGACACUACUUUAUUAGGAGAUAGCUGUGUUUAAACUAGAGUAUUUUAUAUUUUAUGCCUAAUGUCAGCUUUCUGGUGUUAGUACCACAUUGAGCUGAAAAUCACCACAUCUCUCUGGUCUGCCAUAGGUUAGGAUGCCAAGCUGAGCUGGGGCCACUGCUAGCUUCCUUACAAUUUCAGUCUAGGGCCUAAGAUGUUUUGAUUGUGACCAGUGUCCACUAUGGUGGGCAGUCCCACUCCCAAGCUGCUGCCCAUCAGGCACCCAUUAUCCUAUGAUCUUUAUACAAAGAGCAAAACUGGAGAUCAGGAACAGCUCUUACAGGCUAUUUGGCAGGACCACCCACCCUGAAGACUGAACUUGGGAGCUGCCAGCUACAGCUGUUGUCACUUAGUGGCAGGCAGGUGAGGAAAGGAAGUAAACUAACCAACUGUCCUGUGGUCACUCUGAUGGAUUUCAGAGAGUUUUGCAGUUUCUCUAGCAGCCAGACAGGUAUUGUCAUUUGCUUGCUAUGUUGAGGGGAAAAUGCUGUAAUGUGUAGCAGAGAAAACAGUAGGUGUCUUUUUCUCCCAGCUUAAGUGAAUAUUUAUUUAUAAAAUAGGCAGCUGUUAAAGGAUGGAAUUUUCAAAAGACCCAGUAGGAGAAGCUUUCCAGGUUAAACUCCUCUGCCAUGCCAGCAGAGCUGUGAUAAUAGUCCAAUGUGAACUACUGAUGUCCUUUGUGGAUUUGAGCACGUAUAAUUGAGACAAGAUCAAUUUCUUAGAAAAAUCUUUCCCCAAUCUCUGUUUCUGGAAUCUUUUUGUGAAUUCAUCUUUUCUAAAGAUUGAGACCUAUUAUCUCUCCUGUCAGAGAAGUUGGUGUUUAGCCUUCCUUAAUGUUAAUACAGAGUAAUGAGCAUCCCAUCCUCAAGACCCAGAGUUAUGUUGGAAGUUCAUUUUUCCAUAUCCUGUAGGGUAGAGUACUGGUCAAGGAGUGGGUAUCCUUGGGGACAUCUCACCAAUCUGUCAAGCCUGAUUUUCUACACCUCCAAGGUCUUAGUUUUGGACUCCUGUUCUUCUUCAUUCUGUAUGGUGAUCUCACUGCUGGAAGAGGUUCUUUUCAACUUAUUAGCAUCUGUAAUUACACUAUUAAGUCCAAAUUUACCCUGCAGGAGCUGGAAACAAGUGAGGAGGGAAACAGUUAAAUCUCCUUUUUAAACAUUGAGGUCUCUUGGAUUUAUUUGUGAGGCAAUACAGCACUUUCUCUUAAGGAGAAAAAAAAAAUUUUUUUUUAAAAAAUGGAAGAAACCCACAGUACGCCUUUCUGAGCUUUCAGAACUCUUCCAGUCUCCCAGUAACUUGUUGGUCCUGUGAGGUCAGUCCAGUCUUGAAAGCACUACACCAACCCACCCCUGCACUGUCAGAUGGGAUUCCUGGUUGUAGCCUGCGGUGUGGGCCGCAGAACUCAGUGCUGUUUGCUUUAAUAAUCGUUAAGCCAUAUCAUCUAAGGUUUCUGGCUUGUUUGAGAUGUGAAUUUGUUUUAUAGAUUAUAAAUAUACAGUGUAUGUAAAAAGCAGAAUGCCUGUCCUUCCUGAUUAUUUUUUGUACCAUAUUGUAAAUUAUAUUAUUUAUUCUUUACCAAUUUUGGGAAUAAAAGGUGUUUUGGUUAUUUAAUAUAAAAGCCGGUAAACUUCUGUGUAAAUUUCCAGUUCAACUUGUAAAUGUUUUUAUUGUGCAUAAAUACAUACUAAUACUUGAUUUAA